AGGCGACGCCGCUUCCGCUCUGGCGAUGGCAGUUUCCAUAGUGAUGGGGCCUGCUCAGGCCCGCGGCCGCCUCCUACUCCUCGCCGCCUGCGCCCUGUUAUGUGGGGGCGGCCGGGCUUUGGUGGCGGGGCCCCCGCUCUGUCCGCAGCGGGACCGCUUCGAGGAGGAACUGGUGCUGAAGCCGCUGAGCUCCGGGGACCUGGCGGCGGAUUUCCAGUUCCGCACCCGCUGGGAUGUGGAGCUGGACACGCGGGACAGUAAAGACAGCAGGGUGUCUCACUACAGGCUGUUUCCAAAGUCACUGGGACAAGUAAUUUCCAAGUUCUCGGUUCGCGAGCUGCACCUCUCCUUCACUCAUGGUUUCUGGAGGCGGUCUCGGUGGGGGCAACCUUUCCUGCAGGCCCCACCUGGAGCGGAGCUUUGGAUCUGGUUCCAGUCGUCAGUGUCGGAUGUUGACACCACCUGGAAGGAGCUGACUAAUGUGCUGUCUGGUUUGUUCUGUGCAUCUCUUAACUUCAUUGACUCAACAAACACAGUUACUCCAACAGCUUCAUUUAAACCUCUUGGCAUCAUUAAUGAAACAGACCAUAAAUUCCUCAGGUAUGCAGUAUUGCCGAGAGAAAUCGUUUGCACUGAAAAUCUUACUCCAUGGAAAAAACUUCUACCCUGUGGUUCAAAGGCAGGAUUGGCAGUACUGCUGAAAGCUGAACGAUUGUUUCACACCAACUAUCAUUCACAAGCUGUCCAUGUCAGACCCAUUUGUAGGAAUGAACGGUGUACCAGUACCUCCUGGGAGCUGACCCAGACCCUGUCUGUCGUCUUUGACCUCUAUGCCUCUGGCUCUGGUAAACGAGAGUGGUCACUGUUUAAGAUGUUUUCACGGACCUUGACAGAGGUGUGCCCUUUAGCAUCGCAAAGUACAAUUUAUGUGGACAUCACAGACAGAGAUAAGAUUAAUGACACCCAAGAGUUGACGCCACCAGCACCCUCUACGCUUAACACAACAGUGCACGGGAAAUGGAGAUCCUAUGCUGUGUACAACCUACUGAACCCUCGUCUUUACAGCGCAUCAUCACACUCCUUAAACAUAGCAUUAAAAUGGAAAUUGUCCAAGCAGUUUGCGAUACCUGAAGUGCCUGUAUUUAAUGCAAAGAGAUAUGUGAGUGGCUUUGGCCUCCAAACAGGUAAAAUCAACACUCUGAUCUACAAUAACCACCCAUACCGGGCAUUCCCAGUGCUGCUGAUGGAGAUUGUGCCCUGGUACCUUCGACUCUACAUCCACACACUCACCAUUACCACCAAGGGCAAAGAGAAUAAACCAAGUUAUAUCCAUUAUCAGCCAGCCAAAGACCGAGAAUGCCCUCACCUAUUGGAAAUGCUGAUUCAGCUGCCUGCUAAAUCUGUCACGAAGAUCGGCAUUGAGUUUGAGAGAGCACUGUUGAAGUGGACCGAGUACCCCCCUGAUCCCAACCAUGGCUUCUAUGUGGGCUCCUCUGUACUGAGUGCUAUGGUGCCGAGCAGAAUAAAUGUGGAAAUGAACACCACUGAGGUCACACCUCUUCUCACCAGGCUGUUUCCAUCUGUCGACGCCUCAGUUUACUUUGUCAGGCUGUACACUGAGGCCUUGCUGGUGAAUUUGCCCACACCUGAUUUCAGCAUGCCCUACAAUGUCAUCUGCCUCACCUGCACUGUGGUGGCAGUUGGCUAUGGCUCCUUCUACAAUCUCCUCACAAGGACCUUCCAGAUCGUGGAACCCAGUGGUGGGGUAGCAAAGAAGAUUGCUAAUGUGAUUCGCAGAUUGCGCGGAGUCCCACCCAUCUGAAAUUGUUGUGCUUGCUGUUUCGGGGCCUGGAGAAACCCACGACCAAACUAGUGUCUGCUCCUGAGCUGGGUGACUGUCUUUUAAUGGUGGUUUUUUUUACUGGUCUUUUAAGUUUGGAUGAAUUAAGAGCUGAUGAUCCACUCCAGCCCGACUUGAUGUUUCCUGAACUUGCGGACUGGGAUCUGGAAAUCUUUGACAUGCUGUGCAACCUACUGUAUAAAACAGGUUGGCCUGUUUGUUAUAAAGUGUAGGCGAAGCCUGUUGAAGAUUAGAAGUAUGUGGGUGAAGGACAGAAUUACCUUUUUGUCUGGUGACAGGGAAAGCAAAAGCCACUGCACAGUGGUAAGCUGGGAUGUGUGGUGUACUUGUAUUGCUGGGAGUGACAUUAAUCUGUGUUAUGUUAAAAGGCUUAAAUCUCUUGUAUGUACCAACCAUCUUAACUCCAUUCAUUCAUUUUAUGAGUCACGUUUACAAAUGAAUGUCACUGGUGUGUAAUAAAUCUUGACCCGUCAUUUCCUGCCCAACGUUGUCCCCUUGCUGCUAGCCCUGCUGUUUUGUCCUAUUGGCCUGCAUCUGAUUUGAAUUAAUGACUGGGCAUCCUGACAGCAAACACCUUCACAGAGCCGUUUGGUCAAUCACACUGUAAGAGAGGGCUUUGGCCUCUCUAUCUCAAUACAGUGAACUUGCAGCAGGCAUUCAUCUUAAAGCAACAGUUGCCUUCGGUGAGUCCUUUUUAAAAAAAAUGACUAUGACAAUGACAAAAUUUUUGAGAUUGGAUUGAAUUCUUUUACUGAUACCAACCUCCUGAAAAGGUUAACAAGCUUGAAUUUCCCAUUUGUUGAGUAGCAUAUCUAAAGCUCCAUUUCACUGUCCAAUCUCCACCUGGAGCAUGGCUCCCAUUCCAGUCUAUAACCCUGACUUUUAGCUCUGAACUACACCAACUUCAGUACUGAGACCACAGCUUCUUGCAUUAUAUAUCUUUAUAAAUGACUUUUACAAAACUCACCUUCAAUUCCCAAUCCUUAUCCUUUCUAAUCACUUCUUGCAUCUUGUGAUGGACUCCAGACUUCAUUUCUUUGGCUCUAAACAACUGUCUCCAUGCCCAUCAACAAGCUCCUGGUGAGGAACGCAUUCUCCAGGCCCAGUCUCUUGUUCCAAGGAAUUCAAUCUCCAUUUUUCUAGUCUCAGGCCCCUAUUUUCAAACUACAAUGAUGUAAGUCCUGGAAUGAUGUGAAAUUUUAUCUUUAAAAUAGUGGUUGUUGAGAUCUGAUAUGUAUUACAGUUCUGCAGGAAAGGUUAUAAUCUCUCAUUGAAGGUACUGUAAUUUCUCUCAUUAAGUUUCUUUUGUUCUAUGGUGAGCAACUGGAAAUGAAAUGAAUGUCAUCAACAGGCACACGUGUAUCCCUAAAAACUCUUCAUUAUGAUGAGUUAAUGCAUAAAUAAAAUUUGUCUGCCCUCAUCCACUUGCUGCUCCUGCUUCUGUUUAUAUCUGAGAGUUUCUUUUAUUAAGGCCAUCAAGUUUUAUGGCGACCACUAUCAUUAGUAAACUGCCUGUGAAAAUUACUGCGAGAUACGCAAAUUGAGAGGAGCCAAAUGGAUAAUUAUAGUCCUUUGGGAUUAUGAGUUCAAAGUGAAUCACUUCCUAAAUGAGCAUCAACCGUUGUGAAAACCUAAGCAAAAUGUCAGGAUUGAUUUCUUUUAAAAGUGUAAUAUGGUUCAGAAAGAUGGUCCUUCCAGGAAUGCAAUAUACAACAGCAGCAGCUUACGUUUUAUGUUUUUUUAAAGUAAAAAAUUCACUACAGAAUGUACGGCUAGAGAGAGCAGCAGGGCUUGCAAGCUGUGGUCGAUGGGUAAUAGGUUUAAAUAAGAAUUUUUACUGUACCUGUCAAACAAAAUAAGCACUAAAAUACUAUGUUGGGUGCUUUCCUUGUCACUGAAACCCAGAAUCAACAUUAUAAACAUGAACAGGAAAGUUGUGGACAUUUAUAAACUGCAUAUCUUAAACUCAGCAAUCUACUUAGCACAGAUCAGUAAACUCAAUGGAGAAGUCCUUAAGGACAAUGUUUUCCUUAUGAAGUAUUUCAUUCCCUUCCUUAGAGGUUAGUCCUGUUGAGCAGUGCAUAACCAACUCAAAUUCCAAGCGGUCAUCAUCAAAAACAUUACACAUCUACAGAAUCUUUGUUGCAUCCAGGCCAUGUUAAAUGCAAGAACAGAAAUGGCUGCAAUAAUUGUAAAUUUGCUUGUUCUCAGCUUUGGGGUCUAGCCUUCAGCAUUUCCAAGUUAUUUUAAUAUGAUUUAAAGCUGAUUCAGUUUCCCCAGAAGUUCUGGUUUUUAGCCCCUGUUGCUGUUUCCACUCAAUCUGUCUCAGAAACUGCAGACUUGAUGUGCCAAUGGCUUGCUUCUGUGCCUUGCAUUUUGCUGACAGUAUUUUUUGCCUCUGACAAUGAUGGGGGUGUUAGUCCAAAAGUAUUGUGGUAUUGGGCAUUGAAUUUUAAUCUGCACCACUGUCACUGUUAGCAUCUUAAUGUAACUGCCAUUUCCGAUAGUAUGUGGUAUAGGAUAAGGGGCUUUUAAAGAUAGUUUGCUGCCACAAACCUUUAUUUGUAUAUUUUGUGUCCGGGGCCUGUUUAUCAUUGGCAGAAGGUAGACUAUUGAGGAGCCUUUACAGAAGUAGUACUUUUCACAGUUAACUAGCUGGUACAACUGGUGUUGCAAAUCAGGAGUAAUUACUAAGGCUGUCAGGAGCUGUAUAGAAUAAAUCUGUUCUCUACAAUUACCUGCAGAGGCCUCAUGUAUUUCCACCCAAAAACUGAGAGAUCACCAGAAUGAGUGGAGCUCAGCGUAGCGCAGAAAAUAAAAAUCAAGUGGAGAAUGUGGGCAUGAGCAAAUAACUCCUUCAGCACCUUAGAUGACAUCUCCACCCCAAAGUUUACCCCAUUGUUAACUAUUAUACAGUCAUGUAUAUAAAUGGUUUAACAUGCACCAAUACCCCAUCUCCCCAAAGUGUCUGAAUUCACAGAUGCAGGUGGUUUUACAGUUUUCCCAAGCUAGUCAGGCUCAGGAGAAUGUUAGGUUUCCAAUUGAGGGUUAUUCACUGUACUUUUGAUCCAUGGAUCAUUUCUCCCUGGAAGGAUCGUUUAUCUCUUGAGUGCCCUUUGCAGAGGAUGUUGUUCCUUUAGAUCUUGUCAAUGGCCCAUCAAGCAAUUAUCCUGAAAAACUCUCAAAUACUUUUCCUGUUAACACGAUAAUUGACUGACAACAUCGCCUGGAAGCCACUUAAUCUUCUGGAUGUCCAUCAAUGAACAAGCUAUUCUUUUGCCCUCUUAAAGUUAUGUUGGACUUUUUGUCUGAGGAUCUGCCUGGGAGAUUUCCUGGUUUCUGCUUCCAGCCCAAUUUAAAUAGCUUUCUCCAAAGUUAAAUCUUCUUUGGCCUACAGGAAUCUAACAAAGUUUUGUUUACAAUAAAAUCCAGCAACAAUUCUGUCUGUGAUGAGUUUUGAUUUUGAAGGCUUCACAUUCACAGUUUCCCACUACUGAAUGCAUCACGUAUUAACUUGCUCAGCUUCAGUGUUUAAUUUUGAGGCAGUGCCUCUAAGGAAUGCAGCCUUGUGUGAUCUGUAUUGUUUGUACCUGAACUCAAAUCUCGGAGGAAGUAUUAUCUCUCUUUCCAUUAAUUCUCAAUGCUCUUAUUGUUAAUGUUGUAAAACUAUUUUAAAUCUGUAGUACGCCAAUACUGCUUGUAAUCUAUAGUUCUUUAAGCUUACAUUCUUGCAUUCAAGGAUUGUUUUUAACUAAUACACCUGUAUAGUUUGCUAGAGUCUGUAUGGUGUUUUCUUUGUGGCAGGUCUCUUCUACACUGUAUUGCUCUAAUACCGUGUUACAUUCUUCAAUAAAGCUUUAAAUUCUAUGAACUAGCUGUUUGUAGUAACUUACCGUUUCCAGUGUUUUAAAGUGUGUUGCUUUGCGAUAGUGUGUAUCUGUACUAUUUCCUGGGUUUUACUGCUAUUUUAAUGUUGUUAUUCACCCCCAAACUUCAAGUUGUUCAGGUGGACUUUUUCCACUCCCUGGGCAAAAUGAUUGUUUCCUGACUUUCAACACAGUUUCUCCUGUGUACAUUUUAAAUAAAGUUCUGUAUUUUAAGGCUG